GAAAGUAUAGCUGUCACUUCUAUUUAUAUGGUUCCCAUGACUUGCUAUUAGCAAAAGUGCAUGUGAGUCCUGUGCGUCUGGAAAGAUGGAUAAGUUCAAAACUGUUCUUAAAAUUGUUCAGAAUCAGCAGACUAGUCUCGGGUUUGGUUUAGUUGCGUUGUUAACUGCAGGCGGGGAACAGAUAUUUUCGUCGGUGGUGUUCAAAUGUCCUUGCAGCGGCUGGAACUUUUUAUAUGGCAUGGUGUUUCUCUUAGUGCCUGCUCUGGCACUGUUGGUGUUAGGUUACAUCAUGAGCAAUAAAACAUGGAAAUUGUUUACAGGUUUGUGUUUACGCAAAUCCACAUUUUGUAGUUUUAAGUAUUUUUGCGCCUGUGGGGUGGUCUUCUUUCAGAUCACCACGACAGCAGUAGUUGCACCUGUAAGUUGGAUUGCAGUCGCUUUGCUCAAUGGCAAUUACUUUGAAUGCGCCAUGACUGGCGUCAAUGUAACGGUUUUCACAAACCACCUUUGCGAUGGAAAGAGUCCGCAGUGCCUGGAUGAACUUUAUAAAUUCCCCUGCGGGAGGGCCACCAACGUGCCACAAUCUGAAAGGGAUGAUGUGCUGGCAACCAUCCGCGCUGAGUCGCAGGUCCUGGGUUGGCUACUGAUCGCCUCCAUCAUGGUCUUCAACCUCCUGCUGAUCUGCGUUGCCCGGUGUAACUCCCCAGUCAGCUCCCUGCAGCUGAAGUUCUGGAGGGCCUAUGCCCAGCGGGAGAGCGACCUGCUGGAAAGCUACACGGCAGAUCACGCCGAAAAGCUUGCAGAGAGGAACCUGAAGAGCUUCUUCCAGCAGAUGUCUCCAGAGCCUGUCACCACCCCACCUAACCAGGCUUGGGAGAAGAUCUCGUCCCUCUACAGGUUCAGCACCAGAGACCACUACUAUAGCAUCCUGCACAAGUACGUGGAGACGUGUCAUGAUCCUGCAGAGGCCAGGGACCACAGGAUGUCGUCUGUCAGGUCAGACGGUCCAGACACUGCUAAUCUAGCCGUGCUCGCCUUUGUGGAUGAGGGCAAGAUGAUGCUGUGAA